AUGGAAGGUUCUGAUUUUGUUAGAGUUAAGAGGGGAAAAUCAGGUGAUUCAGGGAUCAUUAAGAUAAAGAGGACAUCAACGCCGGAUGAUGUAGCCUCCGUUCUUUUGAAGGAGAGAGAGGGGCAUGGUGCGGAUAGAGAAGUUGACAGUACCAGAAAAUGUGACGAGGAUGAUGUAGAGAACAAAGACGAUGAUGAUGAUGGAGACGAAGAUGAGGAUGAUGGAGAAGAUGUUGAUGGCCCUGAAGAAGAUGGUGGAGACGUAGAAGUCAGUGAUGCAGAGAAGAAGCAGCAGAGACGCGUCAGCCACGGAUUUCAUUUAGUUGAAGGGAAGAUGAAACAUGGGAUGGAAGAUUAUCUGGUGGCGGAAAAUAGGAAAAUGGAUGGACAUGAUCUUGGGCUUUAUGCAAUAUUUGACGGUCAUUCAGGAUGUAAGGUUGCAGAAUAUUUGCAAAACCAUCUUUUCGAUUAUAUACUGAGUGAGCCUGAUUUUUGGAGGAAGCCUGUGACUGCAUUUAAGAAGGCAUAUAAAAGUACGAAUAACGACAUUCUGGAGAAUGUGGUUGGUGCACGAGGUGGCUCAACAGCGGUGACAGCUAUAUUGAUUGAUCAGAAAUAUCUGGUUGUGGCCAAUGUGGGUGAUUCACGUGCAUUACUCAUUCGGAAGGGGAAGGUCAAACAAAUAACAGUCGACCAUGAACCGCAAAAGGAGGAAGAAAAAGAGGUAGUCGAGAGCAAAGGAGGUUUUGUUAUUAAGAUGCUAGGCAAUGUCCCGCGGGUGGAUGGCCAACUAGCCAUGACAAGGGCAUUUGGAGAUGCAAAAGUGAAGGACCAUAUCACUGUGGAACCUAGUGUGACAAUUGAGAAGAUAGACAAUGACACUAAUUGCAUAAUCUUGGCAAGUGAUGGCUUGUGGAAGGUGAUGUCGAACGAGGAAGUGGCAGAACGCAUAAGAGGGAUAGAAGAUGGGAAGAAAGCAGCAGAAGAGUUGAUCACUGAAGCACUUGUGAAAGGGAGCCGUGAUGAUAUUUCUUGUGUUGUAGUCAUGUUUCACUCAUAG